GUGGGACGCUGCAGAGGGCCCCCUAUCGGAACUGGAGAGGAUGUUCUCGCAUCCCUACCCCUCCAAUGAAGGAAGCACCUGUCUCCCACUCGCCCUCACCUAACCAAGGCGGGGAUUUCCUCCGCCCCUCCUGCUGGCCUUUUGAGGAAAGUGAAAGUGAAAGGGGGAAGAAGUGGCUUCUGGGUUGAGGAGAUCGCGGCGCCAUGAAGCCCCUGUUCCUACUCCUCGCUGUGGCUUUGGGCUUGCUGAGCGCAGUCUCCGCGGGACCGGCGGUAAUAGAGUGCUGGUUGGUGGAGGAUGCAGGCAGGGGCCGUCUGGCCAAGAGACCCGCUGCGUUACUGCUGCGCCAGGGCCCGGGGGGACCACCUCCCCGGCCAGACCUCGACCCCGAGCUCUACCUCAAAGUGCAUGACCCUGCCGGUGCCCUCCAGGCGGCCUUCAGGCGGUACCCCCGGAGCGCUCCCGCACCACACUGCGAGAUUGGCCACUACGUCCCUUUCCCCGCCUCGGCGGAUUGGGCCAGGAGCCUGACCCCGGAGCAGAGCUGCCCGCGGGCCCUGGACGGGACUUGGCUCGUGGUCAGCAUAUCCAGCCCGGUGGUCAGCCUCUCCAGCCUCCUGCGAUCACAGUCCGAGUCUCAGCGGGAGUCUGCACUCAUCACCAUGGCAACAGCUGUGCUGACUGUCGUCACCCACACUCCUAUCACUCGAAUCCGACUGGGACAGGAUGCUCUGCUGGACUUGAGCUUUGCCUACAUGCCCCCCACCCCAGAGGCCACUGCAUCUCUGGCCCCAGGUCCCCCUUCCUUUGGGCUGGAAUGGAGACACCAGCACCUGGGUAAAGGGCACCUGCUCCUGGCUGCAACUCCUGGGCUAGGUGGGCAAAUGCCAGCUGCCCGAGAUGGGGCAGUGGCAUUUGCUGCCUGGGAUGAUAAUGAGCCAUGGGGUCCAUGGACUGGAAAUGGAACCCUCUGGCUGCCUGCAGUGCGACCCUUCCAGGAGGGCUCCUACCUGGCUACCAUACACCUGUCAUACCUGCAAGGGCAGGUCACUGUGGAGCUUGCUGUGCAGAAGCCCCCCAAAGUGUCCCUGACACCAGCACCUCUUGUAUGGGCUGCCCCUGGGGAGGCACCCCCAGAACUGCUCUGCCACGUGUCCCACUUCUACCCCUCUGAGGGCCUGGAGGUGGAGUGGGAGCUCCGAGGUGGUCCAGAGGGCAGCUUUCAGAAGGCCGAGGGGAAAAGGUGGCUGUCAGGCCUGAGCCACCACUCAGAUGGCUCCAUCAGCCUCUCAGCGCACCUGCAGCCGCCCCCAGUCACUGCUGCUCAGCAUGGGGCACGCUACGCCUGUCGUAUCUACCACCCCAGCCUGCCCGCCUUUGGGCGCAGUGCUGAAGUCUCCUUGGAGGUUUCAGGUCUCUCUGGACCUUCCCUGGAGGAUGGCAUAGGCCUCUUCCUGUCUGCCUUCCUUCUGCUAGGGCUCCUGAAGACGCUGGGCUGGAUAGCUGCCUCCUGCCUGUCUACUUCCAAGGAGUCAAAGGAGAAGAAAACACAGUGAGGGCACUCACCACCAUCCUGGGGAAGCCACCAUCAUCUGUCACCUGCUCCUUUCAAUUUCUCCACUGAGUGGCUGGAAUGCUUUUUUUUCACAGACACAAAUCGAUGGCAUCCACCUUCUUAGAGCUGUAGGGCAGUGGUUCUCAAAAUUUUUGGACUCAGUACAUCUUAAAAAUUAUCAAGGACUCGCCCUGGCCUGUUUGGCUCAGUGGUAGAGCAUUGGCCCACGGACCAAUGAGUCUCGGGUUUGAUUCCGGCCAAGGGCAUGUAUCUCUGUUGUU